CCACCACACUUUUGAUCGUGAAGGUCACCUGGGGGCAAACGCUCAUUUACUGAGACACACUACGUUGCCUUUUUGGAAUGUACAAUACAAAGCAUUUUAUGCUUACGAUUAGUUUGUGUUUAAAAGUAGCUCUAAUCUCAUGAUAUAAGGAAGUUAUACAACAAUAAAUGGUAGACGCGUUUACAUGCACUGCUUCGCAAGAUGUUACAAACAACAGUUGUGGAUUUCGUAGACAGUCUCUCACUCCAAAUUUUCAAGCAGGAUUACAACCGUCCGAUCAGAUACAAGAACAAACAUCAUUCGACGUAGCGGGUCGCUGCAGCAUACAUGCUCAUAUAGAAGGAAUUUCAAGAAAUUACGUCCCUACUUAUGUACACUCAAAUUUCGUCCAUGGAAUUGAUUCCAUACCUUUUGUACGAUCAUGUCCGAAUAUGGGUGAUUAUCAUGCAUUCGAAAAUAUUAAUAAUGGUCAUUCAAAUAGAUUAUUUAGUAGCCAGUUCCUGACUUCGUGCCCACCUGCUAUUCCUGAGGUGCAGUCGGAUCUAUCUCAAGACGAGGAGGUUUCUCGUCCAUGUUGCUUCUGCACUUUCUGCGCCCCAGUCAUACCAAAAAAACACUGUUUUGAUAUUUGCUGUUUCAAAUCAAAGUGUUUGGUCCCAACUGUUUCACCAUGCCCACCUAAUGCUCUUUUCUGCCUACUUUUCACUGGGCCUUGCAAAUGUCCUUUGUUUUCUUUCCCGCGUCACCGAGUAACUAAUGAAAAUCUUAUAAUUCUAAGCAUAAUUCAGUUGUUAUGUGGUUUCGCAGCUAUCGUCCUCUCGAGUGUUGCUUUCACCAAGGCAGUCUUUUUAUAUCAGAUGGCUACAGGAUUAUGGGCUGGAAUAUUAAUGGUGGUUACUGGAUUUCAUGGUCUUCUUGCUGCUCGUCGCCCUAUUGUAUGUGCCUUAGUAGGGUUGUUGGUGCUGUGUAUGGUUGUAAGCUUGUCUGCAUGUGUUCUCAUUUGUGUUUCUGUGGCUGGGACAAUAGAAGAUGGUUUCCUUAGCAGUACUGUUACACGGAAAGGGUUUUCACGUGAACUUACGAAAAUUUCACCAAGUCACCGCGAGAACAAAACUUUCUUUCAAAGGCACGACCCGAAGUCUUCAUUGGCGGUGUUAACAACCAGAACCCAGGAUUGGUCUGAUUUACAGCUUUCAGACUUUAAAAAUGUCCUGCGUGAAACGUCUGAUACCUACGUGCGCACAUGCCAAGUUAUUUUGCACCUCCUUUUGUUGGUAGUCGGUAUUCUAGAAGCAUCGGUCAGUCUUGCAACAUCCAUUCUCUGUUGUCGGUGUGUUUGCUCAAAUUCUCUUAAUUUGCGAUUUCAAAAUUCACGUUCAUUACGUACUAAUAUAGUGUCAUUCAAUGCUGCUACAGCUAAUCAAGCGGCUUCCGUGCUUCGAUCAGGUGCAAUAAAUGACUUUGUUGGUACUGGCAAUGUAAUAUUAGCCCUCGAUUCAGAUGUACCUACACGAAAUUAUCCCAUCAGUAAUGCUAAUGAAGUAGUUCGUAAGCCACAAAUCCACCAUACGUUAAUCCCUUUUUUAUCGGAGUUGAAUCGUCACUCAUUAAUUCUCACACAAGCAGGUACUGGUACAGUAGCUUUAUCUGCCGCUCGUGCAGCUGCCAACCUAUUCGAUUCAGAGAGCUUCGAAACUCAAGAUCGAACUUCAGUUGCUUGCUCUUCCAGCAAUGAACAGUCCUCUACUCGACAACCUGGUACCUUAAGUAGAUCUAUAUUUCGUCGUCUUAAAGGAUUGCGUCUUAUUCGUCCUAGUGAACCUCGUCCUCAUCUUCUGUAUACAACUCUCCAAGUCCCUAUAAAUGUUUCCAAUGCCUCCGAUUCUUCAUCUAAUCCACUUCCGUUUUCAUCUUCCACUACGAUUGUUUAUGUGAUGCUUUCACCUACACAUGAAGAACCACCUAUGAUAUUUCCUCCCUUUCCUCCUAGUUACAAUGAGUCACAAAGGAGAUCUGGUUUGAGUGCAGCUGUUACCCGCAUUCAGCGAAACCAGCGUAUGACGUUUCAGUCGAACCCAUCUCGUCGCUAUAGGAGACGUUCAGCUGGGAUAUCUCGUCCUCGUUUCCAUUCAUCCAUACGUUCGCGUUUGUCACGACUUUUAUGUCGAAAUGCAUCACAUCAGUCUAAUCUCAGAAUUAAUAACACAUCUCGACAUUCUAGAAUGCAGUGCCACCUGUCUAGGUCUGUCGCUUCUGCUCCGAUUUCUUUUGGUGACCGAUUCAUCCAACCUGUUCUAAUAGUUGGGGACCCACCUACAAUCAGACCUACAGAAGAGCCACCUCCCAAAUAUUCUAUAUAAACUCUAAGAUGUCAGAUGUUGGUUGUAAGUUAUCAUUCUCCCUUGUGCAAAUAUACUGCAUUCCUAAUUAAUCUUUGAGUCAGCAUUUCCUGAUUUGUAAAAGCUUGUGAUUAUUUGCAUAAGUAUUUGCCAUUACUAGUCUAUUUUGUUUUGCCUUUUUGUUAUUUAAACGUUUGUUACUACCUUCAAUUCAAAUAAGAACAUGUUUUUAUUUGAACAAGAUUAUUACUUGUCAAUAUUUUAGUUAUUUUUUAAGUCGUCUAAUUGGUUCAUACCGUAAUUGUAUAUUUAAAAUGUCGGUAUUACUUCUGACUUAUAUUGUCGAUAUAACAUCUUUCACUAAAGCCUUUUUAUCUUUUCUCGUCGUUAGUAAAAAUAAUUAUGUAAUAGCUGGUGGCAAGGUAAAUUGGUGAUUAUCCAUGAUAUUUGUUUUGUGCGCUAAAUUGAGAAAAACUAAAAUUCCAGCAACCAAAUACAAGCUCGUGCAUUCUACUUUGAGGUAUAUUUUCUGUGAAGAUCAAAGCUGCCAACGGAAUGUACUAACCGAAGUACAUGUUACUGGGUUUGAGAUCGUGUCUGUUGUAACUACUCAAUCUUAGCUCUAUUUUGUGGGUGUUAAGUUUCAACGUUCUGACAAGGUAUUCUCAUCAAUUCUCAAUCGGCGUAGUGCUUUAUUCUUGUGAUAAACUUUCUCAUCGGUCGUAUUAUUAAGUACACUUUUAAGAAGUAAUAAAGAUCAAGGAUAAUUAUGGUUCUUCAAUUAGUAGUCCAUUUGCCUAUCAAGCUUACAUUUAAUUACAUAAUAUCAAUAAUAAAGUAUUACUAUCUC